GCCCGGUGCUGCCCCGACACAGGUGUCUGUGCUCCCGCCUGCCUGCCCUGCAGCUCGGCCCUGGCUUGUUGAGCGCCAUCGGAGCGCGGGGAGUGUCUGUGCAGACCGUGAUAGCUGUCACGGCAGGACGUGCUGAGGCCUGCCCUGGAACAGCCCCGCCUUCAGCAUAGCGAUGAUUAGCUGAGAUUAGCGUCCCUCUGCUCCCGCAGCCGGGACUUACAGCGAGCAGCCUGGCUGUGGGGCACCGGGGAGCUGCGAGCGUCAGAGCCUGGAAAAUGAAGCUGAAGGAAAUUGAGCGAACAGCUGUCCAGGCAUGGAGCCCAGCAAACCACCACCCCAUUUAUCUAGCAACAGGAACAUCUGCCCAGCAGCUGGAUGCAUCCUUCAGUACAAAUGCCACUUUGGAAAUAUUUGAGGUUGACUUCAGGGAUCCCUCCCUAGACAUGAAGCAGAAAGGAACACUUACUGCCUCAAACAGGUUUCAUAAGCUGGUUUGGGGUAACUUUGGAAAUGGGUCCCCAGAGCCCUCUGGUGUGAUCAUUGGUGGAGGGGAUAAUGGUGUGCUGACAAUGUACAGUGCACACCACAUUCUGACUUCAAAGAGUGAACCUGUGAUUGGGCAGACAGAAAAGCAUUCGGGUCCUGUUCGAGCCCUUGACUUCAACCCUUUCCAGAGUAACCUCUUGGCUUCUGGAGCCAAUGAUUCUGAAAUUUUCAUCUGGGACUUGAAUAACUUCAGUGUGCCUAUGACUCCAGGGACAAAAUCACAGCCUCAUGAAGACAUCAGUGUGGUCUCCUGGAAUCGUCAGGUGCAGCACAUCCUCUCCUCCGCUCACCCCAGUGGCAAGGCUGUGGUUUGGGACCUCAGGAAGAAUGAGCCUAUCAUCAAAGUCAGUGACCACAGCAACAGGAUGCAUUGCUCAGGAAUGGCCUGGCAUCCAGAAGUUGCAACCCAACUAGUGCUUUCCUCUGAGGAUGACCGCCUGCCAGUGAUCCAAAUAUGGGACUUACGCUUUGCUACCUCUCCUUUGAGCCAGCUGGAAAAGCACACGAGGGGAGUUCUCUCUCUCUCUUGGUGCCAGGCUGACCCUGAGCUGCUGUUGAGUAGCGCCAAAGACAAUCGGAUCUUGUGCUGGAACCCAAGUGUGGGAGAGGUGGUCUAUGAGUUGCCCAUUCGGAGCCAAUGGUGCUUUGAUGUCCAGUGGUGUCCCAGGAAUCCCUCAGUCUUCUCUGCUGCCACUUUUGAUGGGUGGAUCAACAUUUAUUCUGUUAUGGGUGGGAACUUAGAAGCUCAGCAGAAGACACAGGCUGACAAGAUCUCUUCCUCCUUCAACAGCCUCCUGGAUCCCUUUGGCACAGGACAGAUCCUUCCUCCUCUGCAGGUGCCAGAGCAAGUAGCUCAGACCACCUCAAUCCCUCCACUGAAAAAGCCACCCAAGUGGAUUCGCAGACCUGUGGGAGUUUCAUUUGCAUUUGGAGGGAAACUUAUUUCCUUUGGUCUUGCCAAAGCUGGACAGCAAAUGCAGCAAGCUCACCCACACCAGGUAUUCAUCAGCCAAGUCACUACUGAAACUGAAUUCCUGCUCCGAUCCAGAGAACUGCAGAUGGCUUUGCAGUCAGGGAACCUCCUGGACUACUGCCAGGGCAAGAUCCAGACAGCCAAGUUGCCAUUUGAUGAGAACCUUUGGAACUUCUUGAAGGUGAAUCUGGAGCAGGAUUCCAGGACUAAGCUCCUCAGGCUGCUGGGCUACAGUAAAGAGGAACUGCAAAAAAAGAUUGCUUCAUGUUUGAGUAAUGGGAUCCCAGAUAAACAGCCACUUCCUGAGGCAGAUGAGACAAGUGCUGCACAGGCAGAUCAGCUUUUGAUAAAUUCCAGUGAUGAUGGAGCUGCUGUUUCCACCUCUUCAACCUUUUUUGACAGCCUUAUCCCUCAGAAUAUGAGCACAUUGGAGAUUCCUGUCACAGAAGAUACAGAUGGACUGAUCAGCCAGGCCCUCCUCUUGGGGAACUUUGAGGGUGCAGUGGAGCUGUGCAUGAGGGCAGAGCGCUUUGCAGAUGCCAUCAUCUUGGCUAUAGCUGGGGGAGAGAAUCUCCUCAAGGAGACCCAGAAACGCUACUUUGCCAAGCGUCAGACAAAACUCUCCCUGCUGCUUUCCUCCAUUGUGCAGCAGAACUGGCAAGAUAUUGUUCGCACGUGUGAUCUACAGAGCUGGAAGGAGGCUCUGGCCAUCUUGCUGACAUACUCAAAGCAUGAGGACUAUACCCAGCUCUGUGACAUGCUGGGUGCCCGCCUAGAGUCAGAGGGAGAUGCAGCCCUGUGCAGUGAUGCCUGCCUCUGCUACAUCUCAUCAGGCAAUGUGGAGAGGUUGGUGGAGUGCUGGGUAAAAAACCAUGAGACUUCGUCACCCCUUGCCCUGCAGGUACAGGAUCUCAUAGAGAAGGUGAUGGUGCUGAGUAGGUCCGUUGAGAUGCUUCAAGGCACAGCAGGACCAGCACCAGGCCCUGUCUUGGCAGAACAAAUCACACAAUAUGCCAGUCUCCUGGCAUCACAAGGAUGCUUGGCAGCUGCAAUGUCCUACCUACCCAGCAGCUCUAAAGAGCUCCCAAUGGAACAGCUCCGAGACCGCCUUUUCCAUGCUCAAGGAGAGAACGUUGGUGAUCAGCAGCCACCUCCUUUUCCUUACACUCGUGUCAAUGUGGGUGUCAUUAAGCACACAUCUCCAGCAGCCAAGGGUGGAUGUGCUCCUGAAAGAACAGCUCACAAAACAGGUCCCAGACAUCCAGAGAAGCCCAACUAUCAGUCACCCUUUGCCCCUUCAGCACCUCCUCAGUCUUCAGUGCCUUCCCUCUUCACACCUCAGCCAGUGCCAGCCAUGUCUGGAACACCUCACCACGUUGCCUCUCCCCAGGCAGCCACAGGUCCACAAACAGGUGUCUAUUCCAGAGGGCCACCAUACCCACAGUACAACUUGGGCUUGGCUCCAGCAACCAUUGCAGGGCCAGCUGUGUCACAGUCUCAGCCAUUUGGACCAGUGGGACUUGGGCCUGUUGGUGCUGCUCCCUUCCCCAGCCAGCCUUCUCUGCCAGGACAGUCCAUGCCUGUAACAUCUCCCAGUGUUCAACCACCCAAACCUGCCCUCUUCAAUCCAGCCUCAGUCCCAUCUUCUCAGCCUCCUGCAGCUUGUCCUCUCCCUAUGGGAAGCCAGCCUCCUAUGGGUUUCACUUUACCUUUCAACUCCCCCAUGAACAUAGGUUACCCUCAGGGGGGUCCUGGAGCUCCAUCUACUCAACCCCUGCCAGCAGCCAGCAUUCCUCCUCCUCCCACAGCUCAGGAAUCUUGGACUGAUCCUUCUGCUGUGAGAGGAGGCCUUCAAAAGAAAAAGUUGCCUGAGAAAUUUACUUCUCCUGCCCCCAUCACAGCUCCAGUAAUGAGCCUGCCUGCUGAGCCCCAAGGAAUCAAUCCUCAGCUGUCCAGGUUGCAAGAAUCUGGCCAGUCGCCCCCAGGAGCACCCAAGGAAGGCAGCCUGCAGUAUCACCAGCUACCCGUGGAGAGGGUCAAGAAGAAGGAGGUGCCCCCUGAGCACCAGCCUCUGAAGAUCACAUAUGAAGGGCUGGUGCAGCGCUGCUCUGCUGUCGCCACUGAUCCAAAAACCCGGAGGAAGCUGGAGGAUGCGCUGCAGCGGCUGGACUGCUUGUACGAGAAGCUCCGUGAGCAGACGCUCUCUCCAACCAUCCUCAUGGGUCUCCAUGAAAUUGCCCACUGCAUUGAGGCUAGGAACUACCAGCAGGGUCUCCUGGUUCACACACAAGUGGUGAGCAGCAGCAGUUUCAGUGAGGUGUCUGGUUUCAUGCCCAUCCUGAAAGUCCUCAUGACCAUUGCUGGCAAGCUGAAUGUGUAAAGUGUGGAGCAGCUGGAACAGAGCACACUGGGAGCUGGUGGACACCUUCAUCUGUUGAUGUGCUGCAGGUUGUGGACUACUCCUCUGACUCAGGAGAACAAAGUCUGUGCCAGUGCCUGGAACUGUGCUGGGCCAGAGUGCCUGGCCCAAUCUGCUCUCCAGACAGCCAGUCAGGGCCUGGGACUCCUGGGGACUCCUCUUUAUCUCUCUUCUUUCUCACUAGGCUGAGGCUUCUUCCCAGACCAGGGAUCUCAGUUUCAGGCUGUCCAGGUUGCAAAGAUCGCUGCUUUCUAUUUUUAGGAGACAAAGUAGCAGGAGACUAGCAGAAGAGCCUCAAGCUCUAUUCCCUGCUGUGGUUUAAACUGCCUGGGUGAAAGCUGGGCUGCCUCAGGACUUGAGCUGGAGUGUCCCUGUUCUGUUGGGCUGCCAUGAAGAUCUCUUCUCUGGUUCCUCCUUUCUCUUCAUUCUCAUCCUUGACUCACCCUCUCACCCAUCUGCACCCAUAUCCUGCUACAGCUAGGGCUACCUAGUUGCUCUGGGCUAACUUUGGUUCUUUAUUCUUUGCCCAGCCCUUUCUUUUCAUAGUUGAGUCUCCUGUUUACCCUGUAUCCCACCUCCAUUGCAUCUUUUCUUCCAUAAGCUGCAGGCUUGAGCCCUUUAAGUUUCAGGCUGAUUCCCCCUUCCAGCUCCUGGGACUCUUCCAUGUGGGAAUGGUAGCAGGUUGUACUGCUCGUGCUCCUCCCUGAGCCAGCUGCAUCCUGUGUUUGGGCCAAAAGCCUUACUCUCUGGAUUUUGGCUUUUUCUAUUUCUUUUAUGUUAGCACAGCUGGCCUUUUGCCCGCUGGUGUUAUCUAAAGGUUUCCUACACUGGGCUUUUUAGACAGUCUGUGGGCUUUAAGAGCAGAAGGUCAGGUCCCAUAAAGAGUCCUUUCAAGCUACUCUUGAGAGGAGUACCCAGACUUGAGCAGCACUUUUUCAGGUAUGGUGCAUUCAUUCUGCCGACACUGACAUAGGUGCAGAGGUGGGUCCCAAAGGCCCCUUGACUCUGUGGUGACAGGAACAUGCUGCAGGAGGUGGUGCUGCCAGGUCCCAAAUAUACGGCUGUGCUGAGGCUUUGCAUCACUGUGGCAUUCCCUCUGGGUUAAAAUUGGUGAAUGAAGCAUAUCUGUCCUGGAAAGAAGUCUAGGAAGGCUGAUGGGAUUUUAAGGCAUCUGUGUGUGUGUGUCUUUCUUCUCUCUCACCCUCUUUCAUGCUAACCAAGCAGUGUCAUUCUUGGGCCCUAGCUGGGUGGAAGGCUUCCCCUGCUUCCUCUGCUUGCUGCUUGGGUGAUAAAUGCCAUCGUGGGCUGGUGGUUCAGCAACUUAAUGAAUGAGCCUGCUCCACCAUGAGGCUUAGGAGGGAGCAGAAUCCGAGCAGGGAGGGAGAGGACGUUGUUCUCUGCUUCCCAGGUCAAAGUGCCUCCUUGUUGCUGCUGUGUUGUUUCUAUUGCUGCAGUUUGAUGCACUGAGAGAUUACAGAACAGUGAAAUAAAAGCUGUGUUUUGU